AUUAUACGUGUCUCAAAAUGGCUGUCGUGUUGRAGUGAGUUUUGGUCGAAUGAAAUUUUGCUUUUGGUUCCCUMAAUGCAGAACUUGAGUCAUCAGAACGCACAUGUAUCAAUAUUUUCAAGCCAUUUUUAUAAUUUGUGUGGCUGGAGCCCCGAARCAYGUUAAAUCGAAUGAUUCUUCGAUAAGAAAAAGACAACCUCGUUCCAAAAAAAAUUCAACCAAAAUGGUUCCUAARGCUACWCCAGUUGACGAUUCUGGAAUGRCUUUCYUAAGUCCAGAUGUUGACUUAGAAAAAGAAAUAAUAUUAUCUGACGAAGAGCCGUUUGGCAGAAUUUUACCGCGUUUUCACAGCGAUCAAGAUGUAGCAAAUGGAGAAUGUUUGAGUGGCAACCAUGAGGAUCAGGARCCUUUGAUUGUUGAUCCGGGUGGUUCRMWAAGUCCCGAUUUUCAUCUAGAUGAUAAURCGAWGAGAAUWGARAGCGAGGAAACGUCUUUUGCCAUCGCUUUACAAGUAUUUUGUCCUUUUUUGGUGGCUGGUUUUGGAACCGURGCUGCCGGUUUGUUAUUGGACGUUGUCCAGCAUUGGAAAGUAUAUCAAGAAAUUUCAGAAAUAUUUAUUCUGGUGCCAGCACUACUAGGUCUAAAAGGAAACUUGGAAAUGACUCUUGCUUCAAGACUGUCUACUGCUGCAAAUGUUGGACAUAUGGAUAAUAAAGCAGAGCUCUGGAAGCUAAUUGGAGGGAACCUUGCUCUUUUGCAGGUGCAAGCAACUGUUGUGGGUGCACUAGCAUCAGCUGCAGCAGUCCUCAUGGGAUGGGUGCUCGACGGCCAUUUUGACAUCAAUCAUGCAUUUCUUUUGUGUGCCAGUGGAUUGGUAACAGCGACGUCWGCUAGUUUUGUUCUUGGUUCUAUCAUGGUUGCCGUAGUACUUGUGUCAAUCAAGUGUAACAUAAAUCCUGAUAAUGUAGCAACUCCAAUAGCAGCAAGUUUAGGAGACUUGACAACUCUUGCUUUAUUAUCAGGGAUAAGCAGAUUUUUAUAUAAUAAAAUAGGUACUGAACAUCACUGGAUUGCACCAGUAAUAUGUGCAUCAUUCUUUGUAAUAUUACCAUUAUGGUUCUACAUUAGUCACAAAAAUCACUUCACACAUGGAGUAUUGUACUCUGGAUGGACUCCAGUCCUCUGUGCUAUGAUAAUAAGCAGUCCAGUCAUUAAUGGUGUUGGGGGCAAUUUAGUAGCUGUACAAGCUAGUAGACUUUCAACAUUCCUCCAUCAAAGGGGCCGUCCAGGAAAAAUGCCAAAAGGAGUUAAAUUUAAGGGGUGUAUUGAUACAUUCUUCGGCUCAGGAAUCCAUUCCAGAACGGCGAGGGUGUUGUUAUUUCUGGUCAUUCCUGGUCAUCUAAUAUUUCUGUACACAAUUAAAGUCAUGCAGGGCGGGCAUACAUCGUUCACUGCUAUCUUCACAUCGUCUUAUAUAUUUACUGGAGUACUACAGGUAUUGCUACUACUUCUACUAGCACAUUGGAUGGUAUAUUGGAUAUGGCGGCAAGGAAAAGAUCCCGACAACUACGCCAUUCCUUAUUUAACAGCAUUUGGUGAUCUACUGGGAACUGGGCUCUUAGCACUAGCAUUCCAUCUACUGUGGCUUAUAGGCGAUAGAGACAGCGACGUCGGGGAUUAAUUCUUAUCGAAAUUGUAUUUUAAAAAAACACUUAAACUAGAGUGGUUUUCAUAAACCCGUGAAACAAAGUGUAAUAAUUAGAGCGUAAUAGAUCGUAAUAGUCUCGUAAAGACAAUAAAAAACAAAAGAGCCAAAGUGUAAUAGCGAUAAAUACGCUAAAGUGUGUUUCACGGGUUAAUGAAAACCACUCUAUAAAAGGUAAUAUAUUUUAGGAAAACAAACAUUAUUAUAAACAUUUAAAAACAAAUAAACAAAUUUUGAUUGG